GCUCAAGCUCCGAUUUUAUCCCAAUACAAGAGAAAGCGCUGAUAAGCUUCGCUCCAUUGGAAAAAAGAACACACAGUGCCGCCAGUUUCCAUGGACGACCUUCAUUCCUACACGGUUACUUUCUCUCUCCUCUUCCUCCUCCUCCUCCUCCAUUUUUCUUCUCUUCAGCUUCUUUCAUCAGCUUACACUCUUCCCGAGAAGUACUUCGUCAACUGCGGGUCAGACUCCACCGCCACCUACGGCAGUCGGACCUUCGUCGGCGACCUAAACUCCGGCUCCUUCUCCGUCGGUAAGAGCAUCCCUGUCAAAAACACUAAUACAACACCAGGAACAUCAAUUCUGUAUCAAACGGCAAGAAUUUACAGGUACCCAUCAUGGUACGAGUUUGGGAUUACCGAAAAUGGCACUUACCUGGUACGCCUUCACUUCUUCCCCUUCUCUUCCCCCACGGAUCUCUCUGCUGCGCUGUUUAACGUUUCAGCUCUUGGGUUUUCACUGCUAUCAAACUUUAGCGUCCGAAUCGACCGCAAUUUACCGGUGGUUGAGGAAUUUGUACUCAACAUCGAAGUGGAUAACUUCAGAAUCUACUUCACGCCUUGCAAAGAAGCAUCCUUUGCUUUCAUAAACGCAAUAGAGGUCUUUAUUACGCCAGAAGGUUUUAUCUCCGGUGAUCCUCCUCUUGUCACUCCUGCAGGAAGUGACAAGCAUGACAGGGUUCUGCUUUCUCACGGUUUGCGUACAGUCUAUAGGAUCAAUGUUGGAGGUCGAGAGCUCACGCCGGAUAAUGAUACCCUGUUGAGGAGUUGGAUUCCAGAUGAUGGUUAUCUAUUUUUUAACGGUUCUGCGAAGAACAGUGAAUUUUAUAGUGGUACACCUAACUACCAGCAAGGGGUUACUGAAUAUAUUGCCCCUUUUCUUGUUUAUCAGACUGCUAAAGAAUUGAAUAUAGAUUCCAACAGGACUACCAAUUUUUUCAAUAUUACUUGGAGAUUUGAAGUGAGUAAGAAUGCUAGACACCUCGUGCGGGCACACUUCUGUGAUAUUGUUAGUCCAUCUCUUAAUGCUGUAUUGUUUAAUUUCUAUAUUGAUAACCAAUUCAGUAAGAAGAUCGAUCCCUAUAAUGUAAUUCCCCAACUAGCAGCUCCUUUUUACUUCGAUUUCAUGGUUGAUUCUGAUGAUUCUGGUGUUAUGAAUAUUAGUGUAGGACCUCGAAGAGAUUCGAUGCAACAGACUGCCUUUUUGAAUGGGUUGGAGAUAAUGGAGGUAUGCAAGGAUUCAAGGACAUUGGUGAUGCCAAGUGAGUCAAGGAAAAAAAGUUUGUCAGUUAUAGUUGGUUCGGUUGCUGGAGCUGUGGCUCUCAUUUUCAUUUUGGUAGCUGUGUUAUUCUUGGGCUUGAAAUAUGUGAAAGCAAAAACUGUCAAAAAUUUUGAGUCUCCAUCAAUACCUCUGUAUGGAGGAGGAGGUUCUUUCAGCUGGAUAAUUGAAAGAACUGCAAAUUCCUCACCAUUUUCUAACAUGAAUCUUGGACUAAAGAUACCUCUUGCUGAAAUACUUAAAGCAACCAACAACUUUGAUGCAAAGUUGAUGAUUGGCGAGGGUGGUUUUGGGAAAGUCUACAAGGGAAUUUUUGGGGAUGGAGUAAAAGUUGCUGUGAAACGAAGUGAACCAGGACAUGGCCAGGGCCUUCCCGAAUUCCAAACGGAAAUCCUGGUUUUAUCCCAAAUUCGCCAUCGUCAUCUUGUUUCCUUGAUUGGCUACUGUGAUGAUUUGGCUGAGAUGAUACUAGUUUAUGAGUUCAUGGAGAAUGGGACUCUGAGAGAUCAUUUGUAUGAUACAAAUGCGAACUUCAACAUAACAUCUAGGCGACCUGCAUUGUCUUGGAAGCAAAGACUCGAGAUUUGUAUCGGUUCUGCCCAGGGUCUUCAUUACCUUCACACUGGUUCAGGCCGAGGAAUUAUUCAUCGUGAUGUUAAGUCGACAAACAUCUUGCUUGAUGACCAUUAUGUGGCUAAAGUUGCUGAUUUCGGUCUAUCAAGGGCAGGCCCUCUUGAUCAAACCCAUGUCAGUACAGAAGUAAAAGGCAGCUUUGGUUAUCUUGAUCCAGAAUAUUUUAGAUGCCUACAAUUAACCGAGAAAUCCGAUGUGUAUUCUUUUGGAGUGGUUCUUCUAGAAGUGCUUUGCGCCCGACCAGCUAUUAACAGCUUGCUUCCAAGGGAGCAAAUAAACUUGGCUGAAUGGGGAAUAUCUUGGCAAAGGAAAGGGCGGCUGCAAGAAAUCGUUGAUCCUUCACUUGCAGGCAAAAUUAAUCCCAAUUCGUUGAGAAAAUUUGGGGAAAUUGUUGAGAAGUGUCUGAAGGAAUAUGGUGUUGAGAGGCCUCCAAUGUCUGAUGUGUUGUGGGACUUGGAGUAUGCUCUUCAACUUCAACAAACUGGUGUUCGCAGAGAGCCGCAUGAGGACAGCACGACAGAUGCUUCUUUGGGAUUGUCGCUGCCUGCUGUUCAGGGUUUGCCUUCUUGUACCUUUUCAAUUGAAGAAGAUGGUAAACUGAUGGAACUGAUGGGAAGGAAUGAUCUUUCAGAUCCAUCAGCUAGUGGAGUGUUCUCCCAGUUAAUGGUUGAUCAUGCUAGAUAGUUGAAGCUUUUUUAACGUGUAGAAGUAUAGUUAUGUUGUUGUUAUUGUUAGAUAACUCAUCUUCAAAACCUAAGUGUUAAGGAGAGAGAGUUAAAAAGAUUUUAGUCCAGUCCAGGGAGGAAUUAAAGCAGUCCAAGGCCUAACUUUGAUACCAUGUUAGAAAAUUCAUUCUCAAAACCUAGGUGACAGAAUAGAGAGUUAAGAGAAUCUUAUACUGGCUUUGGAACUACUCACAGACACGAUGUGAGACUGGAUCCCUUCAGUUGUUUUUUUUUUUUAAUUUAAUACCUUAAGGUGUUUUUCUGUUCUUCAUAAACCUGGGUUGGUAAAAUGUUAAGUGUAGCCAUGGUUACAAGACUUGGUCUGGAAAAAAACUGUUCAAGUCAGUAUAUGGAAUUGUAAUUUAUAUCAACAGAUCCUUGUAAUGUAACUCGGGAUCAAGUGCUACAAACCAAUCCAAGUAAAUAAAUAGAUCCACGAAACAAAAGUGGAGAGCGUUAUGCCUUCAAUGAAA